AUGGCUUCCAGCGGGGAGGAGACGAGCGGCGGCUCCCCGAGCCGGGCAGGCGGCGGCACCGAACCGCCCAGCCCGGAACCGGCCGCGGUCGGCGCCUCUCAGCUGGACGGCGCGGAGGAUUUCGAGGUUCUGGAGGAGGACGAGGACGACCUGAGCGAGCUGCCGCCGCUGGAGGACGUGGGACGGGCGCGGGGACCGCUGCGGGAGGGCGCCCAGUCCUCAGAGCGAGGCCCAGGGGAAGCAGCCGAGGAGCCCCAGGAGUGGCUCGACGUCUUGGGGAGCGGCUUGCUUAAGAAGAAGACACUCGUGCCAGGUCAGGGGGUGGAGAGCCGGCCCUGCAAGGGCCAGGAUGUGACUGUCCGUCUGAGGGCCAUGCUGGAGGAUGGCAGUGUGGUGGAGGAGAACCCCGGCCUCAGCUUUACCCUGGGAGACUGCGACGUAUUGCAGGCUCUGGACCUCUGCGUACAGCUUAUGGAGAUGGGAGAAACGGCUUUGAUUAUGUCAGAUGCCAAGUACUGCUAUGGUGUACAGGGCAGGAGCCCUGACAUCCCACCCAACGCAGCACUCACACUGGAGGUGGAGCUGCUGGAGGCUCGGGAUGCACCAGACCUGGAGCUGCUCAGUGGGAAGGAGAAGAUAGGCCUGGCCAACCGCAAGAGGGAACGAGGCAACUUCUACUACCAGCAAGCAGAUUAUGUGCUGGCCAUCAAUUCCUACGACAUCGCUCUCAAAGUCAUCAGCUCCAGCUCAAAAGUUGAUUUCACCCCAGAUGAAGAGGCUGAGCUGCUGGACGUGAAGGUGAAAUGUCUCAACAAUCUGGCAGCCUCUCAGCUUAAACUGGACCAUUAUGAGGCAGCCCUGAAGUCCUGUAACCUUGUUCUGGAGCAUCAGCCAGAGAACAUCAAGGCACUUUUCCGAAAGGGCAAGGUCCUGGCCCAGCAGGGCGAGUACAGAGAGGCCAUCCCCAUCCUAAAGGCGGCUUUGAAGCUGGAGCCUUCAAACAAGACCAUCCAUGCUGAGCUCUCAAAGCUGGUGAAGAAGCACGCGGACCAGAAGACGGUGGAGACGGAGAUGUACAGGAAGAUGCUUGGGAAUCCCAGAGCCAGCAGUGCCCCGGUGAAGUGCAAAGACAAGCUGACCUGGUCCAUCCCCUGGAAGUGGCUCUUCGGUGCGACAGCCAUCGCGCUUGGUGGCGUGGCCCUGUCUGUGGUCAUCGCUGCAAGGAACUGA